GUCGUUUUUAGAACGUUCUGCGAGAGCCGGCCGAGGAGGUUCCUGCUUCAACAGUGAUUGGACGGAACCCAUCCCCGCCUAGGCCCAUCCAGUCUCUGCGCAUUCCUCCAACCAACUACUCCACCACCGCCGCGCUGCCAUGGCUUCGUCUCCUUCCCAGGUGCGCCAGAACUACCACCAGGACUGCGAAGCGGCUAUCAAUCGGCAGAUCAACCUGGAGCUCUACGCCUCCUACGUGUACCUCAGCAUGUCCUACUAUUUUGACCGUGAUGAUGUGGCCCUGAAGAACUUUGCCAAAUACUUUCUUCAUCAAUCCCAUGAGGAGCGUGAGCAUGCAGAGAAACUCAUGAAGUUCCAGAACAGGAGAGGCGGUCGCAUCUUUUUGCAUGACAUCAAGAAACCAGAUCGUGAUGACUGGGAGAAUGGGCUGACAGCAAUGGAGUGUGCUUUGCACUUGGAAAAGAAUGUGAACCAAUCACUUUUGGAACUGCACAAGCUGGCAACUGAGAAAAAUGACCCCCAUUUAUGUGACUUCAUUGAAACCCACUACUUGGAUGAGCAAGUCAAAUCCAUCAAAGAGCUGGGUGACCAUGUGACCAACCUACGCAAGAUGGGGGCACCAACAUCUGGAAUGGCAGAGUACCUUUUUGACAAGCACACCCUGGGAGAAAGUGAUAGUGAAAACUAAGGGCCCUCCCAUGAAUGCUUCAGUGGGACUCUUAACCUUCUUAUUCAGCUGUGCAUGUUUUGUUUAUCCAUAAUACUGCCCAUAACUGUAUAAAACCAACUUUUCUUUUUGUGUUGUAAACUCAAAUGUCCAAUAAAAGUGACUUGGUUCUAAUUAA